AUGCGGGGCACCAAGAAAUACCCUCAUGUCAUCGACACGCCAGACCAGGGCAAGUGGGAGGUAAGGACGGGAGCAGGAGCUGGGAGAGAAGGGCCAGCACUUCCCUGCGGCAGGUGGACCUGCCCCCAAGGGCAGGGGGGCAAGUGGUCUGGCAGAAUGGAGCAUGGUGAAAGGAAGCCUUGCUUCUGAGGGGUGGGGAGUGGGGAUGGGUGCCUGCAUUUCUUCGGAAGGAAGCUUCGUUUGUCCGAGUGGCACCACCAGAUAAGUAGAAAAGGGGGGUGCACCCAGCGCUUGCCCCUAGAAGAAGGGUCCAUGCACAGCUCUGUCACUGAGCACCUGCCCUGCAUGCAGAAGGCCCCACAAGUACACAAGAAGAGCCUGGCUGCAGGAUCAGGCCAAGGAUCCCCUAUCUAGUCCAGCUUCCUGUUCUCACAGUGGCCAGGCAGACGCCCCCGGGAAGAAGCCCCCACAAGCAGGACUUGAGGGGCACCACAGCCCUCUCUGCCCACCUGCGAUUUCCCAGCAGGACCUCCUGUUGCCACAGGUCCCAGGGCUGCAGAAGAGAAGGCAGCCUGAAUCCCCCAGGGUUGUUGUUUGUUGAAAGGAAAGAUGCUGAAAGAGGGAGGGUGGGUGGGUGCUCUGUUGGAGUGAGGAGUGAUGGCCUCUCUGGUUGGUAUGAGGGCCUGAAUAAUAGAACCAGAGAACUAUAGAGUUGGUAGGCACCCCAUGGUCAUCUAGCCUAACCCCCUGCAAUGCGGAAUGACAGCGAAAGAAUCCCUGCCAGAGGGCCACCCAGCCUCUACUUAAAAACCUCCAAGGAAGGAGAGUCCACGGCUCUUAUUGUCAGAAAGUUCUUCCUUAAACUUCAGAAUCUCUUCCUUGCCCCUUGAGGAGCCCUCCAAGGAUGGGAUAUUCUCCCCCGUGCACUGCAACAUAUCCUGGGAGGAGGUUUGAUCCAGGACCUCAGUACAUUUCCAAGCCUCUUUCUGAAACUCCUUGAGAAGAGGCGCCCCAUAUCUGGACACUGGAUUACAUGUCCCUUUGAGGCUGCACCCGUACAGCAUUGAUGUGUCUGAUCAUAUUGUAUAUGUCAGUCACAGUGAGUCAUGGUGUUGGCAGAUUAGCAUCUAAAUAAAAAUAGAAAUUUGUCAUGGAUUUGCAUAGCGGCCCUGUGCACAGGUGCUCAAUGGGGCAAAGAUUCUGGGACAUGUGUCCCAGGACUUCAAAAGUCCUAGAUGGAAAGUCAGCAAAAAUGUGCCACAUGCCAAGGGAAAACCCACCGGAAAGUCUAGGCAGGCACAGCUUCUCUCAGGGUGGAUCCCAGCAGAUCUCGGAGGGCGGCGCCUUGCAGCUGUUCUGCAGUGCUUAUUGCCCCCCUUGCGUCUGUUCCCCACAGCUCCCUCCCUUCAUGCCUUUUUCUCCCAGCUGGCAGGGUACGAGGCUGCCUUGCCCAUCACAGAGAAGUCUAACCCCAUCACCCGGGAGCUGGACAAGGCGGACGCUGCACAGAUCGUCCAGCUGCUCAGAGACUGUGAUGCAGAAAUAUUCCAGGAAGACGACGAAGCGCUGGUCAACUACAAGGUGACUCUGCCUCUCCCUGCCUACUUGCCUGGGGUGGGGGUGAUCUGGAAUAUGACCCUUCAACACUGUAGAAUCAUAGACUAGCAGAGCUGGAAGGGACCCUGUGGGUUUCCAGACAGUUGAUCAUGAUGAGGGUUUGCCAAACGUGUCUUCCUCUUAGCUUAUUUCUACUCUUCACCCUGAGUUUGUGCCUUUGGUAAAGGUUGUUCUCUAGCUGGAGCGCUUGCAGGCCAGUGUUUCACAACUGUCAGUGUUUAUACUACAUUUUUAACGAUUUGCCUUGAGGGCACCUUUAACCUCUUUUGUUGUCCACCGGUAUUUCGCUUUCCAUUCUUAUGUUGGGAAGAGAGUAGUUACUUUGGAAGACGAUAAUCAGGCAUCCAAACAACAUGACCAGUCCAAUGAAGUUGAUGUUGGAUGCAUUACAGUAGUCCAAUUGUGAAGUUACCAACACAUGAAUGACAGCUAAGCUAUCUCUGACCAGAAAAGGGUGUAGUUGGCACACCAUCCUAAGCUAACAUGAGGUGUCCCUUGCCACAGAGGUCACCUGAGCCUCCAGUAGCAGAGAUGAAACUGGGAGCGCCCCCAGACUACAGACCCGCUCCUUCAGACGAGGCACAACCAUGCCCUGAACUGGCGAACUCCCCAUCUUCUGCAUCUGGGAACCACUCACACACACACACACCAAGGUCUCUGUCUUACCAGCAUUGUCUCAAUUUGUUGGCAACCAUCCUGCCCACUGCUGUACCUGGGCACUGGUUUAGAACAGUCAUAGCAGAUGCGAUGGAGAAAUAGCAUUGAGUGCCACUGACACGCUUUUCUGUCUCCCCCAGAGGCUGUACAGCGAGUCAGUGCUGAAGACCAUGGUGGACAUAAUUGCCAAAGUGCAGGAGGUGCUGAAGGUAUGGCAGGAGGCAGUGUGUGUGUGUGUGGGUGGGUGGGUGGGUGGGUGGUGGUGUUGUUGUUGUUGUUGUUGUUGUUGUCGUCGGGAUGUGUAUAAAUGCUAGGAGAGGAUAUAAUAAUUAGAUAUUAUCUUUCCUUCAUGAUGUUUGUGAGUUCAACAGAGUGCAUCCCUUUGCAGCUUAAAAGGAAAGCUUAAAUAGGCUAGUUUUAGCCUUUUCAUUUAAGUAAUCCAGGAUGCUUUAAGGCAGACUGGAUUCUCCUGGGAUUUCCCCCUUUUCUCCCCCUUAAAAUAUUUGCUGUAGAGUAACAGAUGCAGUAGCUUUUUUCAGGCAGGCUUAAAAUGGUAAUUCAAACACAUAAUUAAGUCUAGCUUAAAUGUAGUUUCUUCACAUUUUCUUCACCAUAUUACAAAUGGUAAUACAAACACAUAAUUAAGUUUAGCUUAAAUGUAGUUUCUUCACAUUUAGCUUCACAGCUAAAAUGUAGGCGUUUCUUCACAUUGGCGGCAGAGUGGAAAGACUGAGAUACAAAAAAAUGCUUGAUUACCUUCCCAAGGUGAGGGGAAGUGACCUGGCAGGGCAGCUUACUAUACAGCAUUAACCCCUUCAUGCAAUAGAUGUUCGUUAUACUGUAUGAGGCUAGUUAUCCCACAUGUCCAGCUACAACCACCGUUUCCGCUGGAUGGAAUACCUAUUCAGUUGCUUAUGAGGAGUGGGGUAGAGGGCCCUUGGCAGCUGGGCCAGGAUCAGCUGAGUGGGUGGACACCCAGCCUAUUUGUCUCUUCCUUCUUUCCUCAGGAACCAGACAACACGCUCAUUGUGCUGAGUGGAGGGGGAGCCUCUGGCCGGAUGGGCUUCCUCAUGGCGGUGAGUGCCUCCUGCCUCACCUUCCUCUUCCUUCCUCUCAAGCCCCCGCCAUGCCUGGAGAUAAGGGCUGUGCAGCUAAUGAAGAGGGCCUGCUGAUGCAGGGAGGGCUGCUGCCAUCUGUGGGGCAUCCCUGGGGCUUGCCCUCUUGCCCCUGGGAGUCAGCGCUGGAGAGUUUGCCACUGAGCCUGGCUCAGGGCUGCACCGGGAGGGGGCACCUGCCUGGGAUGCCACAAAGGGACUGCAUUGCUAGGAAGGGCAGGCUUUGCACUGUGGCCUUUGGGGUGGUCCCUCAGAGCUGGGGGGGGGGCACAGGUCGCCCCACACCUCCCUGACUGUCUUUGUGUCUGUUUUUCCUAGGUAUCCUUUAACAUACUCCUGAAGGGGUUGGGGCAGCUGCCCCAGUACACGUAUAUAAUUGCUGGGGGGGACAGGUAAGGACACAGGAUGAGCAGGUGGGUUGUAAAAAAAGCCAUUUGGGACUCUAGGCUACUAGACCAGUGUGGGGGGUGUCUGGGACAUGUGGGGGACAAAUGCAUGUGGAAACGUUUCGGGUGCAGACCUGAGUUUGGAGAAGAGAGUCUUUUGCAUGUGUGCAUUUGUGUGGUGCUGAUGGUAACUGGAGCUCUAGGCUGCAGAGUUUCAUGUUCGAGGGUUCAGAGUUUUGGGUGGAUUUGGAGGGCAGGGUGGGCUAUUAUUUAUCCUUCCUCUUACUCACUUGUGUGAGUUUGACAUCUAGUUAGCAGCAUGUAAAAUGACCAUCCUCAUACCCUCCAACAUGUCCAAGCAGAAAACUAGGGUGCACUUAUUUCAGGGCCAAGAUCUCGCUUGAAAGCAUGGUCCCCCAAAAUCAGGUGCCCUGAUUAAAUUGGGACAGUUGAAGGGUCUGCAUCCUUUUGCAGCAUAAGAUGUGGAAACUUCUAGGACAAGGUAGCUUAACCUUAUUACAGAAAGUUUCAGACCUGAUCCCAGCAGAAGCAGCAGUUAAAACAAGAGAGGCAGAAUCUGACAUUAUAAAAAUAUGGUUGAGAUAAAAAAAUGGAGUCUAGACUAAGCAUCCUUUCUCUUCAGCUCCAUGGUGAAAAAGAGACUGAGGAGGGAGGAAGUGGUAAGGAAUAUUUUCAUUUGUUACUUUUCCUACCAAGGGGAAGCAGGGGCUAUGACCUCACAUCGUGUCCUCUUUAGCAAUUUAUAGGGAAUCUUCAGGUGUCUUAACCCUUUGCUUAUCCAGCAAAGCUUGAAAUCUCAUUUUGGCUGCAAAUUUAGUUCCCACACAGACAAGUGCACUUCUUAUGCCUCUUCUCACAGGUCUCUUGUAGCAUCCCUGGAGGGCCCUGAGGACAGUGCGCUGCUGGGCAUUGAGGACCUAAAGAAGGUGAGGCUGCUGGUGUGUGUGUGUGUGUGUGUGUGUGUGUGUGUGGAGAGACCCUUGUCUACCAGCACCCUCAGCUCUGAGUACCCACCUGCUCCCCAGAGCUGCUGUUGCAAAGGAGCAAGCACCAGCUACAGAUUCUUCUGAUGGAGAGCAGCUCCACCAGGAACAUGUAAAGGCCUUGGUUUCCCUUGCCUUACUGGCAGGAAGCCCACAGGUGCUCUGGGCAGGAGAGCUGAUGGGUGCCUUUGGUCCUGGGUGGGCUGGGGGGUUAGGGGCAGCAGCAGCAUAACAGUGACAACUGAGCUCCCUUUUCUCUCUCCUCCUCCUCCUCCAGGUCUGUGAAGGGAAAAAGAAGGUCAUUUUCUUUGGGAUUUCAUGUGGUUUGUCUGUGAGUAUUUCAUGCAGGACAGGAGUGGAGGGAGGGACGGGAGGGAGGGACCCUCCCAGUUCCUGUAGGAGACAAAGGGAUAUCUCUGUUCCAGAUGGGCAGGGGAGCAGAAGACGAGAGGAAUGUUGCACCCCACCCCAGCCAGAAGGUUUUACAUGGAGGACCACAAAAGCCACCUCUGACAAAUUCCCUCAAUGUCAAGUCCUUAGGUGUGUCCAGUGGAUGUUUCUGCUGGCAAUGGAGAAGGGCCACUGGAGCUCAGUGGUUGGAGCAUCUGAUUUAGGGCAGAAAGUCACAAGUUUGAUCCCCCACCUCCAAGUGGCGCAGGAAGAGAGCCCUGCCUGAAACCCUGGAGAGCUGUUGCCAGUCAGUGAGGCAACGUGUAGUUAACUAUGGAACCUGCUGCUGCAGGAGGCCGUCAUGGCCACUGACUCGCAUGUCUUUGAGAGGAGGCGAGAAAUACAUGAGGGGGAGAGGGCUAGCAAUGGCUGCUAGUCACAACGGCUCCUAGUCACGAUGGCUCUGCUCUGCCUCCACAAUUGGAAACAGCAAUGCUUCUGAAUACCAGUGGCUGGAAAUCACGGGAGGGGAGAGUAGAUCAUGUGCUCGACUCUUACUUGAGGGUUUCCCUUUGGGGCAGCUGGUUGGCCACUGUGAGAACAGGAUGCUGGACUAGGUGGGCUUCCUUUGGCUUGAUGCAACAGGCUCUUCUUAUGCUGUUGCACUGAGUUUUGUACAUUGGUGCCAGGCCUGAAAGAGGAAAUGUGAGUCCGGGAGACGGAAGUAACCCUUGGAGCUUGGCCUUGGAGGAACAUGGCCUUUGGAGCAGAGGCUGCCUGCCUCUGCCUGCAGCUAAGGCAUGGCCACUGUGGCUGGUGCCGCCUCACACGGGCUCUGCUUGCUUGCAACAGGCUCCCUACGUGGCUGGGCAGCUGGACUUCUGCAUGAACAACUUGGACAUCUAUGUCCCAGUUCUGGUGGGAUUCAACCCAGUCACCAUGGCCAGGUAAGGGGGGGCAGGGGGCAGGUCCGGAAGAGCUGCAGGGUGAGCUGCCAAACACUUUGCCCAGUCUGGCCAACCCUGUUCAGAGCAUCUCCUGUGCCAGAGGCCAGAGGCAUCUCAAGCUUGGGAGGCGCUUGGCUGGGGGAGAAGAAGGCAGAUAAUGGAGAUGGGUUGAGGAUUAAAUGUGUAACUUUAAAUUUAAAUCACCAAUCCCACAUGUGGUGGGGAAAUAUGAGAGUUAACAGGCUGUGAAGCCAUUUUAGAAGAGUAAAAAACACACAGCCGCUUUUGCAGCUUCCUGGAAUCUAGGAAUUAGGCAAUUACACCACUUAUCCCAGUUUAUUUGUAGUCUGCUGACUUUCCCCCCUCUGUGCCCUUUGUUAAGAAUGAACCACACAUUUUAGUAAGAUAAUCAAGAAAUCCCCAGCUAAAGUAGAAUGAGAGUAUGGAGUGGGAUGCAACCUUCUUUCUGCCUCAGAGGUUGGGCUUUGUAAAAUGUUCAUCUGCAUUAACAGUAAUCUAUAAUGAACAUUCUAAAUUCUCCCUGUGGCAAGCAAGAGGAGGUCCAUGUGGGGUUCUGGAGAGGGUGACCUUGUGGAGGUGAAGAAAGUAAUGAGGUGGCCUGGACAGCGUCAGAAUCCAGCGGAGCGGGGGGAUCUGGACAAGAGGCCCCUGCCUGCCCUCUCACACCCCACAUCUCCCUACAGGACAGACAAGAUUGAGGGCUUCCACUCCACCUUCCGGCAAGUGGCUGAGAGGAUGGAGAAGCUGCAGGAAACCCACCAGGCCUUCAUCCUCAAUCCUGCCGUGGGGGUGAGUGCUGGGGAGUGGGGGGGGGCUUCCCUGUGCUUCCCUCAUCAGACCUACCAUCCCUGCGCAUCCAUACCACAUAUAGGCAUUGGUGGGGCCGAGGGUGGUCCACUGGAGAGAGCAGCCCACAGAUAGGGGGCAGGGGCUGUCACCUCUGACCGAGCCCAUUCUCAGGGUGUCACCUGCUGCACCUCCCUCAGGUGAAGCACCUGGAAGAGGCCCUUGGAUGGUUAUGGUUCUUCAAAAGGCUUUGGUGCCAUCAGUCAGUGAGGAAAGGGUGUUCCAAGCCAAACAGAGCCCCUCUGCAGGCAGGAGCCUGUUCUAGAGUAGCACCCGCCCCCCCUGUGCAGCCCAUUCCCUGCCCUCCCCAGCACUUACAUAUAUGGAAAAAAUGGAAUUCAAUUAAGCAUGUUUACCUGAAAUCUACUUCCUUCAAGUUCUAUCUUUCAGGGCAAUUUGUUUCGUCAUCAGCCCUGCGGGGGGGGGGGGGAGAGUGUGCUCACUUGAGCUCCACAUGUCUCUCGUAACAAGGGCUGCUGGCUGUGGGCAUCAGGGUAUGCUUUAGUUGUGCUCCAGUAUAAGAGCUUGUUCCCAGGAAGGCCUGCGAUAGGCUAGUGCAGGCAGGCAGGAUUGCCAGCCCAGGCCAUGGGGCCCUGAUCUCUGGCACAUCCUGGCAGCUGCCAUGGAGCAUUGGGAGAGUCUCCUCUAAGGACCAGGCAGGGACCGGUCUCAGCCCGCUGUGCUAUUUCAGCCUGAAGGGCUCACUGGCUCAUCCCGCAUGAAGGGCGGCAGCGCCACCAAGAUCCUUCUGGAAACUCUGCUCCUGACUGCACACAAGACAGUCUCCAAGGACAGCGAGAUCUCAGAGAAGUGAGUUAUGGAGCAGAAGCCAAGCAGGGCAGCCUCUGGGGGCUCCUCCAUGGGGUGGGGAGAGGAGCCUCUCUUAGCUCCCAGUCCCUCUCCUGGCAGCUGACCAGCAGCACAAAGCCCAGCAGAGUUCUCUCUGAAUCCUCUCUGCAGGUGUCUUCUGGAAAUCCUCCGCACCUAUGAACGGGCCCACAAAGUCACCUAUGGUCAGAGCAAGAAGAUUGCUGCCCUUGUGAAGCAAGCAGGGACCAGGUGAGCCUCAGGUGGGCAGGAAUUUAUUCACAGCAACCAGAAUUUAUCUUCCUUGAAACUCAGCUCCUGUGGGCUUUGGCCUGUCAAAAACUCUCUGCCCCCCAGCACAAUCUCUGCCUCUCUCUGCCACAGCCUACAGAAGAAGGCUUAUGUCUACCUGGUCGGCUGGCACACCCUGGGCAUCAUCGCCAUCAUGGAUGGGGCUGAGUGCAUCCCCACCUUUGGGGCAGGUGAGCCCUACCAGGCAAGGAGGGUGAAUUCAGUCCGGGCAGAGAGUGGUUCUGAAAAUGUGGGACCCACCGCCACCAGAAUGUCCCCAUUCACCAGGCCCAGGAAAUGUCAUGUGCUGGAGGAGGGGCUGGAGGAGGCUGCAGGCGAUUGGCAGGAGGUCCCAGUGCGUGUGCAUGAGUGUGUGAGAGAGAGAGAGACUGAGAGAGGGUGGGGGUUCCUUCUUAUGCAGACACAUGAACUCUCUUUUCUGCUUCUCCCUUCAUGACACAGACAUCAACGAUGUCCGGGGCUUCCUCAUUGGGGACCGCAGCGAAAUGUUCAACAGAGAGGCUGAUCUGAUUGCACAGGCGAGUGGGCAGAGGAGGAGGUUGUUUGGACACCUGCUAGGCUGGGGUCCUGCAGGACAGGAUCACACUUCAAAAUGACCUUGACAGAUUAGAGAACUGGGCCAAAACAAACAAGAUGAAUUUUAACAGGGAGAAAUGUAAAGUAUUGCACUUGGGCAAAAAAAAAAGAGAGGCACAAAUACAAGAUGGGGGACACCUGGCUUGAGAGCAGUACAUGUGAAAAGGAUCUAGGAGUCUUGGUUGACCACAAACUUGACAUGAGCCAACAGUGUGACACGGCAGCUAAAAAAGCCAAUGCAAUUCUGGGCUGCAUCAAGAGGAGUAUAGCAUCUAGAUCAAGGGAAGUAAUAGUGCCACUGUAUUCUGCUCUGGUCAGACCUCACCUGGAGUACUGUGUCCAGUUCUGGGCACCACAGUUCAAGAAGGACACUGACAAACUGGAACGUGUCCAGAGGAGGGCAACCAAAAUGGUCAAAGCCCUGGAAACGAUGCCUUAUGAGGAACGGCUAAGGGAGCUGGGCAUGUUUAGCCUGGAGAAGAGGAGGUUAAGGGGUGAUAUGAUAGCCAUGUUCAAAUAUAUAAAAGGAUGUCACAUAGAGGAGGGAGAAAGGUUGUUUUCUGCUGCUCCAGAGAAGCGGACACGGAGCAAUGGAUCCAAACUACAAGAAAGAAGAUUCCACCUAAACAUUAGGAAGAACUUCCUGACAGUAAGAGCUGUUCGACAGUGGAAUUUGCUGCCAAGGAGUGUGGUGGAGUCUCCUUCUUUGGAGGUCUUUAAGCAGAGGCUUGACAACCAUAUGUCAGGAGUGCUCUGAUGGUGUUUCCUGCUUGGCAGGGGGUUGGACUCGAUGGCCCUUGUGGUCUCUUCCAGCUCUAUGAUUCUAUGAUUCUAUGAUUCUCCUUCUUCACCUCCUCUUCCACCUCCUCCUCCACUUCCUUCUCCUCUUUUCGGGGCUUCUACAGAAAGGGGACACCAAACCCAAAUGCACAGGCCCAACCCCGAAAGCAAGAGGAGCUGCGCCCUCCAAGGGUCACCCCCUUCUCCAAGGCCCCCCUCACAUGGGAGUUGGGCACACAGACCAAGCAGUGCCAGGACAUCCAAGGCAACAGCCAGUUCAUCUCAUUUCUGGUAGAUCAGGGCCAACCCAUAACUCAAGACCCCCUGCAUGCCCCCCCCCCAAAGCCAGGCGUGGACAGCUGCUUCUUUCUGUUUUUCUCAUGCAGGGCCCCAAGUUUGCUUUCUCUGAAGAAGAUUUUGUGAAAACAAUCCUCCCAUCACUGACGGAGCUGGAUACUGUCCUCUUCCUUUUCACAGUGGAUGGUGAGAGACGGGGGCGGGCGGGUGAGGCUGGGGGGGGCAGAAGGGCCUCUUGGGAGAUGCAGCAGAAAGGAAAGGCAUCUCCACAUGGUUAGACUACGGAGGCAGAGAUGGCCACCAACUUGGCUGCCGUCAAGAGGAGAAAGUUGUUGUUGUUUUAUACUCUGAAGAAAAUUCAUGGAGGACACAAGGCUGGGUUCUGCCUGCACUGUCAGACCAGUUCCUGGGCCCCAAGUGGAGAGGGGGCUGGCUGCCGCUGCUGCAUUCAGAUCCUGCUUGUGGGCUUCCUUUUGGUUGGCCACUGUGAGACCAGGAUGCUCCGCUAGAUGGGUCUCCUUUGGCCAGAUCCAGCUGCAGGGCCCUUUGGAUGUUCUAGGGAGCCAUGAGGUGAGAGGACGAGGGAGUCUGCAGCUCAGCGAGCACAGAAGGGAUGGCAGAAAGGGGGCUGCUGGAGCCAGCGCUCUGAGGGCUCCUGACCUCCUACCCUUUUUGCCUGGUUCAGAGAGGGGGCUGCAGCUCAGCGGCAGAGCAGGAGGCGGCUCUGAGGUCCAGCCACCAGCAUCUCUAGGUGAAAAGAAUCACAAUUUGCAAGGAACAUGAGAAGAGCCUGGCCAUAGUGGUUGGAUCAGGUUAUGGAUGGCACGGGGAGGAUACAUUAAUUACAAUUGCCAGUCUUCCAUGUGUAUGGGUUACACAGAGAACCCCAUCCUUGGCAGCAAAAUACAGAAGCUUGAAACUAGGCUGCAAAGCAUUAUAUUUUCUGAGCAAAUCCAGCUGCUUGAUAUUUUGUUCUGUUUUCUUAUAUUUUGUUGGAAGCCAUUCAGAGUGGCAGGGGCAACCCAGUCAGGUGGGUGGGGUAGAAAAAAUAUAUCAUUAUUACUACUACUACUACUACUUACGAAGGUUAGCUGGCUUAACCCCUCUUAACAAAGAAUCCGGCAACAACUUAAAAAGUAAGUAAAAUUAGUGUUUACUUACUUAGCGGUCUUGCAUUGGAUCACAGCAAAGGCAGCAGUAAAACUAUGCAGGUAAAAUACUUAAGGGUUUCAAAAUAUAUAGCUGAUUACAAAAUUGGAUUGUGCAGUCAGGGAGAUCACCAACAUACGUCUGCCUUGAAGGCAUGGUGAAGAAGUGUGAGAGAGAAGUGACAGGAAACAGAGGAAAUGACAUCACACAGAGCUCUCUCUCUCCACCUUUUACAUUUCUAUGGUCCAAAUCUGCCUGUCUAGCAAUUUAUAGCCCUGUGGUUAAUAGCCCCUAGACUUCUUAACUGUUAAAUUUUGAAUGCUAAUCUCCUACACAUAGGGGGCCAUCCUGUCCCCCAGAGCCCCUGGAGACAAUCCUGGGCUGCCUGGACCAGUGGCUGGCUCCACAUCAGACAGCCCCACCUGUGAGUCAAAGGCACUUGGAUCGGCUCCUCUCCCUCCUUUCCGGAAAGGGAAACAGCUGGUGGGAGAGUGAGCACCCUAAACCCUCUUGUGCUGCCUUCCUUUGCCACCAACACCCCUCUCUCCUCUCUUGACUGCAGACAACCUUGAUGAAGUGGAGAAGUUGGUGGUUCAGGUGAAGGAGAGGACCUGCAACGUGCAAGCCCUUUCUCAUGCCACAGUCGGGCAAUACCUGCCGGUAGGUGCUGUCUGCAAGGUGGGCAUGUUUGCAGGCCCUCAAUACCUGAUGACUGAUGGCUACUGGUCACGAUGGCUAUCAUCCAUGGUCCACUGCCCUGGAGGGGCAGAAUCACACAUGCAAGAGGGCUCUGCCACACCCAUUGAGCAAGCCCCUUUCAGAUCUUGACCUUUUGGCUGACUGUUCCCCCUCUUUCCCUGCUUUGCCCCCUGCCCCUGCCAGGCCUCGCUCAAGAAGCUCUUCCCCUCCAUCAUCAGCAUCAUGUGGCCCAUCCUGUUCCUGGAGUAUGAAGGCAAGUUCAUCCAGGUGAGGAGGGGGCAGGGAGCCACUGACAAGGGGGAGGGGGAGAGUUGCUUUGUGUCCAGGCUGGAGCCCCCCUGGCCUGGCCCUUCUCUGCCCACCCUCCACUUGCCCAUUCAGCCCAUCCCCCCUCCCUUUGCAGAGGUUCCAAAGGGAGCUCAGCACCAAGUGGAUCCUGAACACAGUCAGCACCGGGGCUCACGUGCUGAAGGGCAAGAUCCUGCGCAAUUACAUGGUGGACCUGCGAGUGAGCAACUCCAAGCUCUUCUGGAGGGCAGUCAGCAUCCUGCAGGUACUGGGGGCAGGGGUAUCCCAGAAGGCUCCCCUGCAGGGCCAUGGAGCUAGUCGAUGGGUGUCCACUUCCCAGGGUGAGGGCUGGCCAGCAGAGUGCCAGCAGAGUCUUGCUUUGGCAACAGCAGUGCCUGGUGCAGGGUCAGGCCAGCCGAGGUCUUCCGCUCAGUCCAGCUCCCUCCUUCUUCCAAUUUCUAACACUGGGGAGGGGGCCUCUGAGACCCUGCCUGUCUCCCAGAUUUGCUUGUACUGUAUCUCAGUCAUCCACUAAGAUGCGUUGGGAAGCAAUGGCAGGCUUUAUCCUUGUGAUCCUCACAACAACCAUCUUAGGUAGGCUACUCAUGGAAAGACAGAGCCUGGUCCAAGGACGCCCAUGAGGACCAUCAGGGCAACAUGGUGACAUGAACCUGAGUGAUGUUUGCUCACAUCACAGGGGCUCUGUGGGGCCACCACCUUGCGGGAAAAGCAGAGCUCAAGUCCCCACACUCAGGAGGGACCUGUGCCCUUUGCCACCCCCUGGCAGCCCCACCCAACUUCCCUCUCUCCCUCCAGAGGUUCUCGGGCCAGCCGCAUGCCAAGUGCCUGGAAGGUCUCCUGCAAGCCAUCUAUGACCCUGAGCCGCUCUCUGAGGAUCUCCGCACAGCUCCAGUCUCCAAGCACAUUGCCGUAGCAACAGACAAGAGCAAGGUAGGCAGGUGUUCUCUCCCUCCCCCCCCCUGCACCUGCCCAUCCCACUUCUCCAUCUGGUCAUCCCACACUUGUGCCAUGACACAGGAGGUACAAGUCACACCAGUCACACUUCUUCUUGCUGUUUAUUUGUGGUCUACUGGCCUUUCCAUUCUCUGUCCCCAUUGCUAAGAAUGAACCACCUGUUUUAGUAAAAACAAAAAGAUUUUACUUACAUUCAGUACAGACAGCAAAUAAAUCAAAGUGGUAUGCAGGUAAAAAUACUUCUUAGUUGCAAAAUGCAAAUUUAGUUUCCAAAAUGGAGUAUGGGAUCCCAGAAGAGCCCAUAUAUGUGCAUCUGCUCACAUUGCUGGCUUGAAAGGAAAAGAGAAACUGGGGAAAGGAGGAAGAAAAGAUUAAGAUGCCCAAACCAAUGGCUUCAAGUUACAAAAAAGGAGACUUUGAUUAAACAUCAGGAAAAACUUUCUGACAGUGAGAGGUGUUUACAGUGGAACCGUCUCCCUCAGAAGCUGGUGCACUGUCCUUCCUUUGAGGUUUUAAAGCAGAGGUUGGAUGGCUGUCAUGGGUGCUCUAGCUGAGAUUCUUGCAUUGCAAGGGGUUGGACUAGAUGGCCCUUGGGGGCCCUUCCAACAUUAUGGUUCUAAGAUCUUUUCCUAUUUCCUGCCACCGGAAAUGCAGGAAUACAGGAACUCUGUAUUACUUAACCCUUUCAUAUGCUUAUUAACAAACAUAAUGGUCAGUUUGACUGCAGAUUUCCCCACAUCUCUUCCAUUUGCCCAGGUUGUACCCACAGCCCUGCUCUGCCUCCUGCGUAGCUGCUCAGUGCCAGAGGCCCGCGCCCGCCUGGAUGCUGCUCCCUCCCUCCGAGCCGCCCUUGACACUGCGCUGAAUGCUCCUGGAAGGAAGCGGGGGGCUGACAAGUCAGAACCUGAUGAGCAGAGCACAUAG